CGCGCAUUGGGCGCGCCUCGGCCGGCUCGGGUCCUCCUGGGGCCUGUGCGGCCCUGUGUGGCUAGAAAGAAAAUGGAGUAAGAGCCCGAGUCUGAGGGGCAGCCCUAACCCCUCUGACCGAGGUCCUGCCGGCUUCGCCGCCAGGAGCCUCUCUCUUCUCCGGACCCAGUGCGUUCGAGCGCCCCAGUGGCCUGGGCCCCGUGAGUGGAAUGGUCGCCGAGGCCCACGGCGUCGGGCUUCUGCCUGCCCAGUGAAGGGAACUGGGGAGCCUCGAGGGUCCCCGUUCUUCCUACUCCAGGCGCGGACAACUCCGCUUGGUGAGAGCAGGCAAAUGUGCAAUACCAACAUGUCUGUGUCUACCGAUGGUGCUGUAAGCACCUCACAGAUGCCAGCUUCGGAACAAGAGACCCUGGUUAGACCAAAGCCAUUGCUCUUGAAGUUGUUAAAGUCUGUUGGUGCACAAAAAGACACUUAUACUAUGAAAGAGGUUAUAUUUUACCUUGGCCAGUAUAUAAUGACUAAACGAUUAUAUGAUGAGAAGCAACAGCAUAUUGUGUAUUGUUCCAAUGAUCUCCUAGGGGAUUUGUUUGGAGUGCCAAGCUUCUCUGUGAAAGAACACAGGAAAAUAUAUACAAUGAUCUACAGAAACUUGGUAGUAGUCAAUCAGCAUGAACCAUCAGAUUCAGGCACAUCUGUGAGUGAAAAUAGGUGUCACCUUGAAGGUGGGAGUGAUCAAAAGGACCCUGUGCAAGAGUUGCAGGAAGAGAAACCUUCAUCUUCAGAUUUGGUUUCUAGACCAUCUACCUCAUCUAGAAGGAGAACAAUUAGUGAGACAGAAGAACAUUCAGAUGAAUUACCUGGUGAACGGCAGAGAAAGCGCCACAAGUCUGAUAGUAUUUCUCUUUCCUUUGAUGAAAGCCUUGCUCUGUGUGUAAUAAGGGAGAUAUGUUGUGAAAGAAGCAGUAGCAGCGAAUCAACGGGGACUCCGUCAAAUCCGGAUCUCGAUGCUGGUGUAAGUGAACAUUCAGGUGAUUGGUUGGAUCAGGAUUCAGUUUCAGAUCAAUUCAGUGUAGAAUUUGAAGUUGAGUCUCUCGAUUCAGAAGAUUAUAGCCUUAGUGAAGAAGGACAAGAACUCUCAGAUGAAGAUGAUGAGGUAUAUCGAGUAACUGUGUAUCAGGCAGGGGAGAGUGAUACAGAUUCAUUUGAAGAAGAUCCUGAAAUUUCCUUAGCUGACUAUUGGAAGUGUACUUCGUGCAAUGAAAUGAAUCCUCCUCUUCCACCUCAUUGCAACAGAUGUUGGGCUCUUCGUGAGAAUUGGCUUCCUGAAGAUAAAGGGAAAGAUAAAGGGAAAAUGCCUGAGAAAGCCAAAGUGGAAAACUCAACACAAGUAGAAGAGGGCUUUGAUGUCCCUGAUUGUAAAAAAACUACAGUGAAUGAUUCCAGGGAAUCAUGUGCUGAGGAAAAUGAUGAUAAAAUCACACAGGCCUCCCAAUCCCAAGAAAGUGAGGACUAUUCUCAGCCAUCAACUUCUAACAGCAUCAUUCAUAGCAGCCAAGAAGAUGUCAAAGAGUUUGAGAGGGAAGAAACACAAGACAAAGAAGAAAUCAUGGAAUCUAGUUUUCCCCAUAAUGCCAUUGAACCUUGUGUGAUUUGCCAGGGUCGACCUAAAAAUGGUUGCAUUGUUCAUGGCAAAACAGGACAUCUUAUGGCAUGCUUUACUUGUGCAAAAAAGCUAAAGAAGAGGAAUAAGCCCUGUCCAGUAUGUAGACAACCAAUUCAAAUGAUUGUGCUAACUUAUUUCCCCUAGUGGACAUGUCUAUAAAAGUAGAAUUCUAUAUUUCUAACUAUAUAACCCUAAAAAUUUAGACAACAUGAAAUUUUUUUUUAUACAUAUCAAAGUGAGAAAGUAUCUCCGUACAUGUAGAUUUAUUUCUUCUCUAGUAUAAUUUACUUUGGGAAUGGGAAUAGUAAAUACUUCCUUUUAGAAAAAUUUCACUUCUGUUUAUAUUCUCUGUUUGGGUUUUAACGUAAUUCGAGUUCGAUAUGUAGGUCAUCCUUAACCCCGCUACUCAUAUUUUAAAUGAUCCCCACUUUGUUAAAAUUUAGAGACGUAUCUGAUUUAAAAAAAUAGAAGUACAUUAAAUGUAAGUUAUGUACAUUCAGGGUAUGGAAUGCAGUGAUUAUGCUACUUAGAAAACAUUCAGAUCUGCAGAUGGUUUCAUUUGCCAUGCCUAUCCAUUAAAUUGUCUAAAUUUUUAGGUUUAGUAUACAUAAAUUAUUUAUUGAUUUACAAAUAAAAAUACUAAAUGUUUGAUUAA